AUGGUGGUUGAAAGACCUAAAUUUGGACAUCGGUCACCUACAAAGUCAUCCACCAAACGCGACGCUUUUGACGUGAGUCCAGCAAAGAGGUCACGCAUGGCAUCUCUGGCUUCCAGCUAUGACGAUGCGUCAGAAAAGGAAUCAAUGGACACAUCACCAGUUGUUCCUGCACCGACAUUCAGUCCGAGGAAGGAGGGUACUGACAAUAGCGAAGAAGAACGCCGUUCGAAACGAGGAAAAGCGUCGUCGCACAAAAAAGAAAAGAAAGAAAAAAAGGAGAAGAAGGCAAAGCGUAAGAAGAAAGAGAAAGAAACUUCGAACAAGAAGAAACGAACCAAGGACUACAAACCUAACGGUGAUAGCAGCGGUGAAACGUCAAGCUAA